AUGGCCUCCAGCUCACUACCCUGUCUGGCUGCUGCCGAUGCUGCAUUCGGGCCCCGUGUUAGUGUUGCCUGUCGAACCUUUGACUUCACGGUUUACUUUGAGGAUUUACUCUUCGCUUGCACGCCCGCUGCGCUAUUCUUGCUGUGUUGUCCGGUUUCGCUAUGGCUAUUGUGGAAGGAGCCUCAUCGCAUUAAGCGAUCAAAACUGCUUGGUUGGAAGCUGGUUUCCUUGCUAGCGCUUUGGAUCUGCCAGAUCAUCUUUCUUGUCGUGCGGAGGAUUGGGCCCUCAUCUCUCCACAGUAAUGCAUCGCUUGCUGCUGAUGCCCUGGAGGUGGUCGCCAUCGCGAGUGCUACGGUCUUGUCCUACAUGCAUCACUGUCACUCCAUCAGACCAUCGACGCUUCUCGCCCUGUACCUUUCGGCUAGAUUGCUCUUCGCGAUUGCCCGGGUGAGAACUCUGUGGCUUAUUGGCUCUGCAACCAACGAAGCGAUUGUUCUCACCUUGGGCUUGGUUUUCACCAGUUCUUCAAUGAUGCUGGAAUCGCUGGGAAAAGAAUCCUCCGUAAUUUCAACAGCACUGAAGCCCGCCACACCCGAGCCCUUCAGUGGCUUCUGGAAACAGGCGAGCUUCGCGUGGCUGGCUGGGACCUUCCACCAGGGCUACUCGAGGGUGUUUUCCGUGCACGAUUUACCUGGCCUAGACCCGCAGCUAAGCAGUAGAAAUGUCGAGCAGAAGCUGCAGGCUGCCUGGUUGCACAAAGAGGACAAACUGGCAAAGCAUGCGCUACUCCGCUCCUGUUUGCAUGCAUACCGCACUUCAUUCAACUCGGCUGUCAUCCCACGCCUGUGUCUGUCCGGCUUCACUUUCUGCCAACCAUUCCUUGUCAAUGCAGCAGUUUCCUGGGUUGGAGAUACAAAUGCGCCCAUGGCCCCCGGCAAGGCUCUGAUUGGGGCAUUUGCAAUUGUGUACUGCGGAAGAGCCGCAAGCAAUGCGCUUUAUGGAUACUUCACGUUUCGCUUCACAAUCCGUCUCCGCGGUGGCUUGAUCUCACUCAUCCACGGGCAAACAGUCCAGACCCGAGCGGUGGAUCUGGGCGGAAAUACGGCCGUCACUCUGAUGGGCACCGACGUGGAGCGGAUCGCAGGUGGGUUUCGAUUGAUCCACGAGAUGUGGGCCAGCUUGAUUGAAAUCGGCGUCGCGAUUUACCUGCUCGAGAGACAGGUCGGGGUGGCCUGCAUUGUCCCUGCCCUGAUUGUUCUUGUCUUUGUCGGUGCUACCUUGAAGCUCUCCGCAGCUAGCAGCAUCUCACAGCGCGCUUGGGUCGAGAAAGUCGAGGACAGACUCCGGAUAACCUCAUUCUCUCUGGAGCGGAUCAAAGAGGUCAAGAUGUUGGGUUUGUCAGAAAAGAUUUCGUCCCUAAUUCGGGGUCUUCGGGAAGCCGAGAUCGCAGCAUCGGCGGUGUUUCGCAAGCUGCUCAUUGUGCGCGUUGUUCUCUCCAAUGCGCCGACAAAUCUAGCUCCCAUGGCGACUUUCGUGGUAUACGCCAUUAUUGCCCUUGUACGGGAUGAUCAAUCGAUUCUUGCGGCCAGAGCCUUUACUGCGAUGUCCCUCAUUAGCCUGGUGACGACACCAGUAUUGACUUUCAUUCAGGCCCUGCCCGCGGUUAUACAGUGUUUGGGAUGCUUUGAUAGAAUCCAGGAAUAUUGCACCGAGACGCAAGAUUCUCAAGAUACCGAUUCAUCGUCUCCGGGAGCUGAUGGUGAUCAAUCAAUGGCUUUGGGGCGGAUUGCCGAUUCGUCCAAGCGAGGUGUCAUACAGGAACUCAAGGGCCACAGUUUUGGAUGGGACCGAGCUGCACCCGCGGUGCUGCACGAUAUUAGCCUUCAGAUCCCUCAAGCUGCAAUCACUAUGGUUGUUGGGCCUAUUGGAAGCGGAAAGUCUACCUUGAUAGGCAGCAUUCUCGGGGAAACUAUUUCUUUCGGGCCUUCUUAUGAGGGGAGUCGAUCUGGUGUUGCAUACUGUGCUCAAGAGUCAUGGCUUCGGAGCCAGAGCAUCCGCCAGAACAUUCUCGGCGAGUCUCCAAUGGAUCGGGAGUGGUAUCAAACGGUCGUAUUUGCUUGCGGGCUGGAGAAAGACCUCGCGAAACUUCCUCGUGGUGACCGGACGUCCGUGACUGGCAAUGGAACCACCGUAAGCGGCGGACAGAAACAACGCAUUGCAUUGGCUAGAGCUGUCUACUCUCGUCAUAAGAUUGUGCUGCUGGAUGAUGUGCUCAGCGGUAUUGAUGCUACGACUGUGGGACACGUUACCAGUCAGCUGUUUGGCCCUGGAGGACUCCUACGCAAGAUGCAGACAACGGUUGUGUUUGCCACCCAUUCGAGGCUCCUUCUCCAAUACGCCGAUAAUAUCGUUGUCCUUGCUCAUGGCCGCAUUGUGGAAACUGGCACUCUGCAGAAUCUGAAAAUCGGAAACGCCUAUGUUCAGGACAUGAACGAUGCUUUACCAGCCUCUUCUACAAUAGAUGUGCAACAGGAGACGAAGAACGUGUCUCCGUUCCCGCAUGAUGACGACGAUACUGACGAAGCCGAGUCACACAGUGAAAACCCAGGCGAGAGUUUGAGUCGUCAACAGGGUGAUCUAUCCAUUUACGCCUACUAUGCUUCUGCCUCGGGACGGAUUACUGUCGUGCUAUGUGUGGCGUGUGCGCUAAUCUGGGCCUUUUGCGGCGAGUUUGCAACUGUCUGGCUUGAUAUCUGGACAUCAGCCAAUGAAGAGCAUCCCAACUCACGGAUUGGUAUGUACCUGGGGGUAUAUGUCUUCCUGGGAAUUGCCAGUAUUGUCUUCAUGACUGCUGUCUCGUGGCUCCUUAUGAUCAAUAUCGUAUCAUCCUCUGCGCUAAACUUGCACGAGAAAGUGCUCAGCAGUACAUUCCGGGCACCAAUCCAUUUUUUCCACCAGGUGGAUAUUGGCAGCAUCACGAAUCGAUUCAGCCAAGAUAUGGACCUUAUUGAUAUGAGCCUACCUAUUGAAGUCUUCAACGUAAUUGCUUGGGGCUGCACAUGUCUCCUGAAACUAAUUAUCCUGUGCGUAUUCGCCAAAUACCUAUCCGUUGUCGUCCCCUUCGCAGCCGCGGUGGUGUAUUUCACGCAAAAGUUCUACCUCCGGACAUCGCGCCAACUGCGAUUCCUCGAUAUUGAAGCCAAGGCGCCGUUAUACACUCACUUCCUGGAACUCGUUAGAGGAGCAGCAACUGUUCGCGCGUUCGGUUGGGAGCGGAGCUUUGACGAGACCUGUCUUUCUCUUCUUGAUGUCUCGCAACGUCCAGUGUACUUGCUCUACUGUGUACAGCAGUGCCUGGGGUUCUUUUUGGAUAUGCUUGUCUCCGUUUUGGCGGUGACACUUAUCGCGACGGUGGUAUUCCUGCGCGAUAAAUUCGACCCCGGUGAUGUCGGUGUUGCUUUGGUUAUGGUUAUGACCUUCAACAAUACGUUGAUGCAGCUCGUCAAGGACUGGACCAAUAUGGAGACCUCCAUUGGUGCCGUGUCUCGCGUGAAGGGGUAUUCGAGCACAACGGAUAGGGAGGAAGACACAGACAAUAUGCCGUUGCUGCCAAUUGACUGGCCGGCUGCUGGGGGACUCGAAAUGUCUGGUGUCGUAGUUCGCCACGCCUCUGCAUCCGAUCCGGUCUUAAAAGGCAUCUCGCUGGCAAUCAAGCCCGGCGAGAAUAUCGCAAUAUGUGGGCCAUCUGGCAGCGGAAAGACAUCCCUUAUCCUUGCGCUGCUGGGGAUGGUCGAAGUACAGCAGGGUGCAAUCACAAUUGACGGGAUCAAUAUCCUGGAACAUUCGCACGCUGAAGUCCGCAGGAGAUUGAACGUCGUGACACAGGACUCGUUCCUGAUUGACGGCAAUGUCCGCUUCAGCAUUGAUCCAUUACAGACAUCAUCCGACCAGAAGAUUAUCAGCGCAUUACAGAGCCUUGGCUUGUGGGAUGGUAUCAAGCAGGAGGGCGGCCUGGAUGGAAAAAUGAAACCGAACGCAUGGUCGCAGGGCCAGAGACAGCUCCUCUGUCUCGCUAGAGCAAUGGUGCAAGAGGGGAAGUUGCUGAUACUUGACGAGGCAAUGAGCAGUGUCGAUGAUGAGACUGAAGACAUUAUGCAAGCGACGAUUGACAGUCACUUCGCAUCCCAUACAGUCCUCGCGGUCAUGCACCGUCUUAGACAUAUUCAUUGUUACGACCGCGUUGCCCUUCUCGAUAACGGGGUUGUGGUCGAGUUCGAUUCUCCUGCUGCACUACUUGCUAAACAGUCUCGGUUCAAGGAACUUUACGAGAGUGGAAAUAUGUGA